CUCCUAUUUUCGGUCACUCAUCUGAAACCACCAAACUUCCUCCGGUGCUCUGACAAUGAAGUUCAACCCAAAAGUCUCAGGCUCAAGGCGGAAGAGCCGGAAGGCACACUUCACGGCACCGUCGAGUGUGCGCCGGGUAAUUAUGAGCGCAGCCCUCUCAACUGACCUCCGGAGCAAGUACAACGUCCGUUCCAUCCCGGUUCGGAAAGACGACGAAGUUCAGGUUGUUCGUGGAACCUACAAAGGGCGUGAGGGGAAAAUAGUUCAGGUGUACCGGAAGAAGUGGGUUAUUCACGUCGAGAGGAUUACUCGGGAAAAAGUCAAUGGAUCUACAGUCAACGUUGGAAUCCACCCUUCCAACGUAGUCAUCACUAAGCUUAAGUUGGACAAGGACCGCAAGGAUUUGCUGGAUAGGAAAGCCAAGGGCAAAGUUGCUGAUAAGGCUAAGGGAAAAUUCACGGUGGAUGAUGUUGCCGCCGCCGCCGCCGCCGCCGCCGCCGGCGGUGGUGGAGCUUCUCUCCAGUCCAUCGAUUAGAGCCAAGAUAAUCCCUAAAAAAAUUUAUUGAAUCGUUGUGCUGGGUUUGUCUGUCUUAAUUUGUAGCCUUGGGAAUUACAUAUUCAAGUUUGCAUUAUAUUUCCUGCGCUUCUUUUUGUUUAAUUAAUGAAUUCAAAAUUGUUCUUAGUAAGUAUUGUUUAGUUUUGAUUCCCAUAAAUUCCUUUUUCUAUCAAAUUGUGGUAUAAGUGUUUGUAUUUCAUGCCUGUUCCCUUUACUGCAUAUGGUUUAGUGAUUCACGCAAUUUAUCGUUUCAAUUUAACAAUAGACACAAGGUUGC